UUUUUCCCCCCACAGCUUCUCGGAAAUCCGAAUGAUGAGUAACGUUAGCGGUAACUGCGACGUUGUUGACUAACUCUUAAGCAAACUUACCUCAGCUCGCAGUUACGUUAAGUCACUCAGCAGGGAGUAUAAACUGAAUAACGCGGGCGGUUAAUGAACAGCAGGUGCACAGGAAUACCACAGCACCUGCCGCUACAGGCUGAGUCACUGCUAGUGAGGAGGAAGGUCUGGAGAGGGAACGAAAGAGGAGGAGGUGGAGGAGGAGGGGGAGAAGAAGAAGAAUAACUGAGGGAGACGGGGAGAUAAGCCACAACAGGAAACAAAACACAUACACACACACACCGUGUGUGUCUGAGCGGGAGACUGCGCGAACGAGAGGUUGAACGGGAAAGGAAGGAAGGGAGGGAGAGUGACGCGGAGGCUGGGAGAGCCUCCCCCCCCCCCCACCCGCUCUCCUCCUCCUCUCCUCCUCUUUCUCUCUUCUCCUCUCCUCCCCUCCCUCCCUCUCUCUCUCUGUGGAGCAGGCGUGUAGCGGCAUCAGACUCGGCGUGAAGGAACCAUGAGCGAUGUCACCAUCGUUAGAGAGGGAUGGCUCCAGAAACGGGGUGAAUACAUAAAAAACUGGCGGCCGCGUUACUUUCUCUUGAAGACAGACGGCUCCUUCAUCGGCUACAAAGAGAAACCUCAGGAUGCAGACCUGCCCUACCCUCUUAACAACUUCUCCGUAGCAAAAUGUCAGCUGAUGAAGACGGAGAGGCCGAAGCCAAACACCUUCAUCAUACGCUGCCUCCAGUGGACCACAGUCAUCGAGAGGACCUUCCACGUGGACUCGCCUGAUGAGAGAGAUGAGUGGACGGAGGCCAUCCAGAUGGUGGCUGACAAGCUGCAGAGACAAGAGGAGGAGAGAUUCCAGUGCAGCCCCACCUCCAACAUCGACAACAUGGUCGAGGAGGAGAUGGACAUCUCCACCACACACCACAAACGCAAGACGAUGAGCGACUUCGACUACCUGAAGCUGCUGGGGAAGGGAACCUUUGGGAAGGUCAUUCUUGUCCGAGAAAAGGCCAGCGGCAAAUACUACGCCAUGAAAAUCCUCAAAAAAGAAGUCAUCAUCGCCAAGGACGAAGUGGCCCACACACUGACAGAAAGCAGAGUAUUGAAGAACACCAGACACCCCUUUCUCACUUCAUUGAAGUAUUCAUUCCAGACUAAAGACCGCCUCUGUUUUGUCAUGGAGUAUGUGAAUGGAGGAGAGCUGUUUUUCCAUUUGUCAAGAGAGCGGGUGUUCUCCGAGGAGCGCACGCGCUUCUACGGCGCCGAGAUCGUCUCGGCUCUCGACUACCUGCACUCAGCCAAGAUUGUGUACCGGGACCUCAAGUUGGAGAACCUGAUGCUGGACAAAGACGGUCACAUCAAGAUCACUGAUUUCGGCCUCUGCAAGGAGGGCAUCACAGACGCUGCUACCAUGAAGACAUUCUGUGGAACGCCCGAAUACCUCGCGCCUGAGGUCCUGGAGGACAACGACUACGGCCGUGCGGUGGACUGGUGGGGUUUGGGCGUGGUGACGUACGAGAUGAUGUGCGGCCGACUGCCGUUCUACAACCAGGACCACGAGAAGCUGUUUGAGCUCAUCCUCAUGGAGGACAUCAAGUUCCCGCGCACUCUGUCGUCUGACGCCAAGUCGCUGCUGUCGGGGCUGCUCAUCAAAGACCCCAACAAGCGGCUCGGCGGAGGACCGGAUGACGCCAAAGAAAUAAUGAGACACAGUUUCUUCUCUGGCGUCGACUGGCAGUAUGUGUACGAUAAAAAGAUGGUCCCCCCAUUCAGGCCUCAGGUGACGUCGGAGACAGACACCAGAUACUUUGAUGAGGAGUUUACUGCCCAGACCAUCACAAUCACUCCACCAGAGAAAUUCGACGAGGACGGGAUGGACUGCCUGGACAACGAGAGGCGGCCGCACUUCCCACAGUUCUCCUACUCCGCCAGCGGCCGGGAAUGACCUCUCCACCGCGGUGACAUCAUCACAGCUGGUCUCUGAGGUCAUCAGUGUGGGACAAAAAGACGCACGGCUCCGGACGUCCCCCAGAAAGACUUAAAAGGCUGUUGCCCUUCUCCUUCUUCUCCUCCUCCUUCUCCUCCUCCUCCUUUCUUUUUCACCUCUGCAGUCUGCUUCUCCGUUUAUUUAAGUGAAACCCUUUUUAGAGAAAACUUACUUUCUAAUCCUGCGCUGCAAACCUGUGGUGAUCCGAAACUGUGAUGUGAUCAGUUACUGUGUAAUGUCCCUUUAAUGACAGGAGCAUCACCGGUGGCCUGCUGUGCUUUGACAUGUGUCGGUCCUGCCAAACUCUUAGAAACAAGUCAAGUGAAGUUAGACGACAGCUGAUGCAACAAGGAGACGCUCUGUGGCGGUGGAGCGUUUGAGUCAUUCUAACCUAAACUGCCGUUACCGGUUGUCUCUCAGGCUUUUGCAAACAGGCCGAUACUCUCAGAUUUAGAGAGGCACUCGGGUCUGAUUUCAAAUCCUCUCUAAAUAAUCCUGCGAUAGAUGUGAGGCUGCCUGGCAGUGAGGGAGCAGUUGUGAGCAGAAUCCUACGUAGCUCAUGUUAUCAAGUAGGACUCAGGUUUUGCUCAGUGCAAUGUUGUUGCUGCUAUUUCAACUACUACAGGAAUUACUACUAUAUUUCUACUAUCAAAACCCGGUGCUACACUACUAGCUUAAUGCUGCAGAUUAUUAUACAGGCGCCAGCGACACCUGUAUGCUUGUACAGCUGCAGGACAGUAGUGGCUUUUGUUCUUAAUGUACGGCUACGAAGACAACUGAAAGGACGACGUGUGCGCGCGUGUGUGUGUGUGUGUGUGUGUGCGUGUGCGCGAGGGUCCUCUUAUGGGUUUGUGUUGAAUAACGCACCUCAAAGCACAGCAGUUCAGAAGGAUGAAGCUCCCAAACCACGAGCUUUGCUACGUUACCCACAAUGCAGUGCAAGUUGGUUGAUGAAACCAUCACAAGGUGAAAAUGAGAGGAAAGCAGUUUGUUUGAACCCCACCUCCCCCCCCCCUCCUCCAAAAGGGAACACACCAGUGAAAUGGUACUUGGUGUUGAUGAAGCUCGACUGUGACAUGUUGUUGUCACGAGUUCGGGAAACCACACGGCUGUACCUCUCGUCUUUGUACAGGAAAGUGGAACAGAUUCACCACAGAGUGGAAACAGAAGUCCAAGAUGGCAGGUUGGGCAUCGUUGAUGAGAAUAGAGAGCGAGUACAGGAGUUAUGACAAUUUUAUAAUAUCAUUUAUGACGUAUUGAAGACCGAGCUAACGGCUUAUUUCCUGUUUCCUGUGAGAUUCUUAUGAGGAAUUUUCGUUUAAAAAACCAGGAGGUACGCAUCAGUUAUGGGUUUACAAAAUUCACAGCAAUGGCUAUAAUAUAUAUAUAGAAAAUAUAUAUAUUCUAUUUAUUGUUCUACUCAUCAGUUUUAUAUUUAACUUUUUCUAUUGUUAUUACAUUAUUAUAGGAAAAAAAAACCUAUUUCUUAGGGCUGAGAGAAAAAAAGGCCCCUCAAAAAACUAAAAGGCCGAAGAUUGUAGGAGGGAAUGCAGAUCGUGUUCCUGCUCCAUUUUUAUUUGAAUGAUGUUUUUGUGUUUUGUGACCAAAAUGUGACGGGCUGCUUUGAAGACAGAUGUUAGCGUACUGUGAGCUUAACAAGGUACACAAAUAUAUUUAUGUAAUCCCCUUUUCUUCAGCAUCCCGCAGGCGUCACCGAGGGCUCAGCUCUCUGACACAAACGUUCCCCACAUAGAACCCGACCGCUGGUGAGUGCAGGUUGAGCAGAAAGUGCAGCACAGAAGUCUGAAUGUAAAGUGGUGAUAUUGGAGGAGUUUGGGGACUGAAUCGUGAAUAAUAGUGUGUUGGACGUGUGGUUACGGGACAGGAGUCUGUCAGGUCAGACACGCCGCCGUCUUCGAGAAGCACCGUCACUUCUCCGGUCUGGACUUUGUUUGUUUGUCUUCCAUCUGAACAAGAUUUUAAAAACACCACAAUUUCCCUUGUCUUCAAAACACCAGUUGGCCUUAUGGUUUAAAUCGGAACACAUCAGCCCUUCAGAGUACCAGAUGUGAUGAACUAGAUUUCAAAAAUGUGAAAGUUUAACCGCAUCCUAAAAAACACACCUAUUAUCAUGUGGAGGAAGACACUUUUUUAAUAUUGUCAGAUCAAGUCAGAUUUAAAGUUAGAGACAUGCUCUGAUUAGACGUAGGAACUUGUUUUACAAUGAGUGUUUUUACGAUCAUCAUUGAUGGAUAACUUGAAUUUCUCUAAUUUAUUUGGGCGUUUAUCAGUAAGAGGAUGUAGUCGUGUUUCACUGCAGUUUGUGUCUCCAGAUAUUUUUGUUCUAAAAAUAAAUAUUUUUGUUCUUUACACAUAAUUCUUAUACGACAAAUUACGUGUUUUUUCCGCUGCUGUCGAAUCCAUAUGCUUUAAACUUGCACAUCCAUUAAAUUGCUAUUGGCUGGCAGAGGCGCUUUAUGGAGAAAGUAGAGAAGGACGCCGCCGCAUGAAGCAGCCGCGAGUCAAAGACGCACUACGGAAAAUCCCUCUGUGAUCGAUUGAGCUUGUCUGCCGGCGCUGAAGCAGACGAAUAGUUCAAAGGCAGUACGAGUCCACCAGACAAGCUCAGGCAAACGCUCAGUAUUUGGAAAGAAUUCAGCUGAUUUGACCCGGCCAGCGAAUGAGUUCCAGCUGUAUGUACGCUCUUCCCGUCAAAGUCAUUAGAAACCAGAGUUUAUAAAGGGACGACUUUAUCGCUUUGGCCGCAGCACUUUCACAUGCGCAAUUUGUAAUACGGUCCAGAGGAAUCGGUUUUAAACCUGCUCUAAAAGGAAAGAAGAUGAUUAUUUUUAAAGCACAUCUUCCAUCCACCUGCAACCGAUAGCUUGGAUGUUGCUCUGAUGUCUUCAGCCGGCAAAGCCCGGGUGAAUGUGUCCCAGAGACGAGUCAGACCUUCAGCUGCUUCAUGAACUAAAACGUUUAGAAACGUCUACGGAUGUCACGGACUCCUGCUCCUCUGGUUUUGAAAAGUUCUCCCUCCCCGUUUAAUGCUUCUUUACACACUGAAGCGAUAAAUGUAAGCGGAGACGCUGGAACUUGGUCCCGCUUUCUAAUCCCUGAAAGAAAUGAAUGGACACGUUGGUGAUUUCUGUAACUGGACUGGACUGGACGUGUUCACUCCCAAAGCUGCUGCUGUUUGUCCUGCACAUCUCUUACGCAACAGAUCCCACUCCUACGAUAUUUGAAUAGUACGUCGAAUCCUUUCAAAGACCUCGGCGGCUCCGUAUCGAUCACACGGCGAUUAAUGCAGAUAAAAAGUCAGCGGCUGCGGAAGAUUUCCGAAAGUAUUUGACCUCGUGUCUGCAACAGAAUUCCUCCCCUCCCUUUAUCUUGUUCUAGACUACUAUCAUGAUUAUUAACACGAACAAGCAUGAGGUGCAUUUAUUUAUAAACGGCAAAACAUGUACAAAUAACACAACGCGGCCAUUGAGUCCAUUUCGUGUCCAUCUACUGUGGCUUUGCAGCCGUGUGAGGUGUUUGUGGACGGCCAUGUUUCCCUGAAGCACUGUUAUACUGAAUGCUGCUCUCUGGCGUGUCAGCUGAUAUUCACACUGAGACGUAGUCGGGAAACUCAGCAGAUCGAUCAAAAGGCCUUUAACUGUCCCUCGUGCUGUUGGGCCUCGAGGAUGUGAAAACAAAGAUUUACCAUCAACAUGAAGCUGUUUUUUACACUGUACAUCCUUAGUAUUUUUACACAAUGUAUAUGAUGGGGAUGCACAUUAUUUUCCUUCUUACAGACAGCUUCAAUAAAGCACUACGUCAA